AUGACAUCGAUAGCAACAAGCCUCGCGCGGGCUCUCCCAAAGCCCCAACAUAGUUCGGAGCACGAAGAACAACGAACACAGCAGCGCGGGCCGCGGAUUGUCGCCGCCGACCAGAUUGACGAAACACAAAUCGUCUUGAAGAGAUCCGGCCCACCUCCCUAUCCCAACCGAUCAGGCUGGCGCCCGCGCGCGCCCGAGGACUUUGGCGAUGGCGGCGCGUUCCCCGAGAUCCCCGUCGCGCAAUACCCCUGGGGCAAGAACGACGGCUCAUCCAAGUCGAACGCGUUAGUCGUGCAGGUCGAUGAGGAGGGGAAGGUUGACUACGGCGCCAUCGCGCGCCAGGGCCACAGCAGCGACCGAAUCAUCCACGCGUCGUUCAAGGACCUGAUCCCCCUGCGGCAGCGCGCCGAGGCGGGCGAUCUGGAUUUGUCGCGCCCCAGCCAGCAGGAGGUCACCGAGACGGCCGAGCGGACAAAGAAUGCGCUGGCUGCGCUGGUCAGUGGCGCGCUGGCGGCGCAGAAGCCGAAGAAUGUGAAUACCGGCGGGAGGAGGGAUCCGACGUUCGUGCGGUACACGCCAUCGGCGCAGAUGGGGGACAAUUCCAAGAAGCAAGACCGGAUCAUGAAGAUUGUGGAGAGGCAAAAGGAUCCAAUGGAGCCGCCCAAGUUCAAACACAAGAAGAUUCCAAGAGGACCACCCACUCCGCCCCCACCAGUGAUGCAUUCCCCGCCGAGGAAACUCACUGCUGAAGACCAAGAGGCAUGGCGCAUCCCACCCCCGGUGUCUAUGUGGAAGAACUCCAAGGGCUUCACAAUCCCUCUUGAUAAGAGAGUCGCCGCCGACGGCCGCGGGCUACAAGACGUCCAGAUCAACGAUAAGUUCGCCCAGUUUUCGGAAGCGCUAUUCAUGGCCGACAGACACGCCCGGGAAGAGGUCCGGCAGCGAGCAAUGAUGCAACAAAGGUUAGCAGAGAAGGAGCGAGCACAGAAGGAGGAUCACCUCCGCCAACUCGCCCAACAAGCACGAGCCGAAAAGGCAGGAGGUGGCAGUAGGCGACGAUCUCGUUCCCGCUCCGGCUCGUACAGCGGCUCCGAAUCGCGCUCCGACUCGGAAGACUCGGAGUACGAGCGUCGAGCAGCGCGCAAGGACAAACUACGCGACGAAGAGCGCAAACUACGACAGUCGCGCAUGGGUGCCGAGCGGCGCGCCCAGGUCAUGGCACGGGAGAUGGAUCGCGACAUCUCGGAAAAGAUUGCGCUCGGCCUCGCCAAGCCCACCCAAUCCAAGGAAGGCAUGUACGACUCACGCCUGUUCAACCAGUCGAGCGGCUUCGACAGCGGCUUCAACGAGGACAAUCCCUACGACAAGCCGUUGUUCGCGGCGCAGGACGCCAUCAGCAGCAUCUACCGGCCGCGGGCCAACGCCGAGGACGACGAUGACGAGGGGGCGGGCGACCAGGAGAUGGCGCGCAUCCAGAAGGGGAGCCGGUUCGGCGAGGCGCUGGGGAGGGGCACGUUCAAGGGGACGGAGGAGGCCGAGGUCAGGGAGGGCCCCGUGCAGUUUGAGAAGGACACGGCAGAUCCGUUUAACGUGGAUAAGUUUUUGUCUGAGGUGCAGCAGGAGGCUACGGCGGCGGCGUCUUCGUCGAAGCGGGGGUAUGGGCUGCGGGAUGAGGAGGACGCGAGGAAAUCGAAGAGGAGCCGGGUUGAUGACGAUGAUGAUGAUGAACAGUGA